CCGACACCAAAACCGAGCUCUCGCGGUCUCUGUCCCCUCCCCUUCGCGUGGGGCUAGGGUUUCGUCCGCUUCGCGCGCAGUCAAGAUGCCCCGCUACGAUGAUCGGUAUGGUGGGAACACAAGGCUGUACGUGGGUCGUAUCUCCUCUCGUACAAGGACAGAGGACCUUGAAGACAUUUUCAGCAGAUAUGGGAGGUUUUGGGGGCUUACCCAACCUCGGUGUCCAUGGUGGGAGGGUGUCCUUGGUGGCAUUGCUGGCUGUUCUCCCAAAGUUUCUAGCAGGCUUUGCCGAUUCUUUUGAAAAAAAAAUCAUCUGCCUUAAUUGAAAUCCACAGUUAUCACUCGCAUUUAGUUCCUUCUGACUGGUGAUUCAUUUAUCUACCCAUUUCCUGAUGGCGUUACUGUUUCUGGAAACCAUUUCCGCAGAGUGCGUUAUGUGGAUAUGAAGCAUGAGUUCGCAUUUGUUGAGUUUAGCGAUCCCCAGGAUGCUGAUGAUGCAAGGUACAAUCUUGAUGGUCGGGAUAUUGAUGGAAGCCGCAUAAUUGUCGAGUUUGCUAAAGGGGUUCCGCGUGGCCCAGGAGGAUCCCGUGAAUAUAUGGGCAGGGGACCACCUCCAGGUUCUGGCCGCUGCUUUAACUGUGGUAUUGAUGGGCAUUGGGCUCGUGACUGCAAAGCUGGUGACUGGAAAAACAGGUGCUACCGCUGCGGAGAUAGGGGCCACAUAGAAAGAGACUGUCGGAAUAGCCCUAAGAAUCUCAGGCGUGGAAGAAGUUACUCAAGGUCCCCAUCCCCUCGUCGUGGAAGGGGCCGUGAUAGGAGUUACAGCAGGAGCCGCAGUAGGAGCUACAGCCGCUCCCGAUCUCCAAGGAGGGAUACCUGUGACGAAAGGCGAUCAAUGAGCCCUCGCGACAGCCGCAGCCCAAGGAGGAGCCCUCGCGACAGCCGCAGCCCAAGGAGGAGCCCUUCACCAUCCAAGGGAAGGGGCCGUAGCCCCAGCAGGAGUCCUGCACCAAGGGAACGCAAUGGCUCAGAUCACAGCAUGAGCCCAAGGAGAGCUGACAGCCGUAGCCCAGCAGAUCACGAGCGCCGUGACCUCAGUCCGGUGGCCAAUGGUCGUAGCCCAAGCCCCAGGGACUCCAAAGAAAAUGGCAACCAGCACCUUUCCCCCAGAGGAAGUGCAUCCCCCUGAAAUGGUUUUUGAUAUUUUUCCUAUGUUCAUGGACCACCCCAAACAUCCUUAUGAUUGGAUCUGGUAUCAAUCUUUUCAGUGUCAGUUGUAACUUUAAAGUGCACAUGAAUCAUUUUGCUUUCCUUUUAUGCUAUGAAAAAAAAUUGUGUGCAAAUCUUGGGAA